UCCAUCGUCUCUCCUGAAAAACCCUAGUUGGGCUUAUACCUCGAACUUAAUCCCUAUCUCCAACAAUGUUUGUAGUCUGUCGACUUCGCCAAGCCUACCCCAAGCGCCAUUAUUCCACAAUCCUAUGUCCGGACUCAUCCAAGCCUCUCUCCUCCAUCGAGAAAUCCAGAGCCGCUCUCAGUCUUAUCAAGACUGAGAAGAAUCCGGAACGCAUCCUCGAGAUUUGCCGUGCUGCUUCACUUACUCCCUUGACUCACAUCGAUCGCGUUACUUUCUCCCACGCUAUUUCCAAGCUCUCCAAGUUUAAUCACUUCGAGGGAAUCCGUCAAUUCCUUGAGGAGUUGAAGACGCGACCUGACCUGAGGAAUGAGCGGUAUGUGUCGCACGCGAUUGUUCUGUAUGGCCAAGCUGACAUGCUUGACCAUGCCAUUCGUAGUUUCAAGGAAAUGGAUCAAUUGGGCAUUCGUCGGUCGGCUAAAUCGCUAAAUGCUCUUCUCUUCGCUGGUAUUCUGGCCAAGAACUAUAAGGAGGUAAGCCGAAUUUAUCUUGAGUUCCCUAGGAUGUAUGAAGUAGAGCCGAACCUUGAUACCUAUAAUACAGUAAUUAAGGCUUUCUGCGAGUCGGGUUCGUCUAGUUCUGUGUAUUCCGUAUUGGCCGAGAUGGAUAGGAAGUCUGUUAGCCCAAAUGCGACUACUUUCAACACAUGGAUUGCGGGAUUUUACAAGGAGGAGAAGUUUGAAGAGGUCGGGAAGGUGUUGGACUUGAUGAAGAAGCAUGGCAUUAAACCGGGUCUAAACACCUAUAAUAUUAGGAUUCAGAGUCUCUGUAAAUUGAAGAGGUCAUCGGAGGCAAAGGCUUUGCUUAAUGGAAUGAUAUCCAUGGGUAGGAAGCCGAAUUCAGUUACUUACUCUCAAUUGAUUCAUGGAUUAUGUAGAGACGGCCACUUCGAGGAAGCAAAGAAAUUGUUUGAGGACAUGAAAAAGAGAGGUUUCAAGCCGGAUAGCAACUGUUAUUUUACUUUGGUUUAUUUCUUGUGCCAAUGUGGAGAUUUUGAAACUGCUUUACUGAUUGCCAAAGAGAGCAUGGGAAAGGAUUGGAUUCCUGUGUUUUCGACGAUGAAAAAACUUGUGAAUGGGCUGGUCAGUAUUUCGAAGGUUGAUGAAGCUAAAGAUCUUGUCAAGCAAAUCAAGGAGAAAUUUACGGGAAGCAGUGAUAAAUGGAAUGAAAUUGAAGCUGCAUUGCCUCAGUAAUGAACAUCUAGGAUAGUAUAAAUAUUUGGUUGUUCAGACGGAAUCCUGGAAGAUUAAUUAUCAGAGGAAAGUUAGCAGAAAUUACUUCAUGUUCCGGUCAAGGGUAAGUUCUUUCGGUCAUUUCGACUGCUGAAUAUCAACCAAUCUGCUUCUUGUGAAAGAUUUAUAUCUGGACUGGUUAGCUGAGAAAUAAUCGGUCCCAUCAUUAGUUUCAUUGUUCUCUCUGACACUUGGAUUAUUGCUAUAAGUCCAUGUUAAAUGGUAUUCUUCCAAUUCAGUUUUGUAUACUUCUCUUUGCUGAUCUUAUAUGGUUUUCCAUAUUUCUGGAAAUAAACGUGGAUAGUUUUCUCUGAGUUUCUGUUACCUCCA